AUGGCCAUCUUGAAAUUCAAUGCUGGUCCUGUGGCCUCUGGAAAGACCGUCGAUCUCAUUCUAAGAGCCAACCAACUUCAGACCGUUGAAGGAAGUGAGCAUGUCCUCAUCUUUAAGCCCACAAUAGACACUAGGUUUUCGCCAAAAGUGGUUAGGUCGGCAUCUGGACUGGAGAUAAAAGUCACAAGGCUGAUUAGUCCAGCAGACAACCUCUAG